CGGCUUUUAAAUUUUUCAUGGCCUUUAUUACAAGAUUCUGAUAUGACUAGUGCCUACUAGCCAGCUACAGAUUACUUUUAGUUUCUGAUGAUUGGUUUCAGUUGUCAAGGGCUGAUUUAGUUUCUUAGUAAGUGAGACUAGCUAUGAGUACUAGUGGUGGACUUCGCACAAGCGUGAAGGGGUACCUUAUUGCACAACGCGUCACUGUGGCACCGGAAAUAAACACAGUGCAUGACAGCAUAUAUGCAGUUAACAAUUCCACUGCUGCUGAAUCUGUGGAUCAUCCACCUGAUCCACUUUCAGUUUCGGAUACUUCAGCUUCAUAUGGGCUCAAUAUCUGUGAUGGAAACAUUCCUUGCUUGCCAAUGUUGAGCUCUGCUGCAAAGGGCAUGGCUUCAUAUGGCGCUAGAAUCAAAUCUGAGAGUUCACCUCACAUUGUGCCUUCAUCUCCUCGGACAGAGGUCGAGAUCUUGCAGUCCUUCCAUUUGAGGAGCUUCCACUUUAAUGAGCUGAAAACAGCCACCACGAACUUCUGUCCUGAUAGUAUUAUGGCUCAAGGUGGUCUUGCUUCUGUCUAUAAGGGGUGGAUUGAUGCGCAUUUGUUCGGAGCUGCCAAGCCUGGUACCGGCAUUGCCGUUUUAAUAAAGAGGUUUAGCCAACAAAGGACCCUGCAGCGUCAUAAGGACUGGUUGACGGAAGUUAGCUUCCUUGGACAGUUGGGUCACCCAAACCUUGUAAAACUGAUUGGUUACUGCCAAGAGGAUGGCAUGCGGCUUCUGGUGCAUGAAUUUAUCCCUCAAGAAAGCCUGAACAUUCAUCUAUAUGAUAGAGCUUCUCGCUUUAAACGACUUUCGUGGAACAGUCGUAUGAAGAUUGCCCUUGGUGCUGCCAAGGGUCUAGCAUUUCUUCAUAGUAACGAGGCAAAAGUGAUCUAUGGGGACUUUGAAACUUCCAAGAUCCUUCUUGAUUCAGACUAUAAUGCCAAACUCUAUGGUUAUGGUUCGGCCAUUGAUAGGCUUCAGGGUUAUAGGAGCCGUUUCACUGAAGCGGACGUGGCUAUGUAUGAGGAUGGGUCCUUUGAUGUAGCUGCUGCUCACAGUGUGUAUGCAGCUCCUGAGACUUCUAAAGUUACAGGGAGCUACUAUUUCGAAGAUAACUCAACCCCGAAAAGUGAUGUAUUCAGUUAUGGGGUUGUUCUGCUUGAAAUGUUAUCUGGCAGACGAGCUUUCGACAAUAGCAAGCCACCUAGAGAAAAAAGUUUAGUUCAAUUUGCGAAAAACAUUUCAUCGCAAGGUGGUUCUUCCAAGCAUGCCAACAAAAAAAUAGUUGCACUAAUCUUUGAUGCUCAUAUUGAUGGGCAGUACUAUCAGAAAAGGGCACUCAAAGCGCUUAACCUUGCAUUUCAGUGCAUCUCAUUAGAACCGCAAUCCAGGCCAGACAUGAAUGAGGUGGUAGAAGUAUUGGAGCAGCUUCAGUCCUCAAAUGACUCUUUUCCGUCUCUAUGCCAAUUCUAGUGUUCCCAAAUCUUGCAGGAAAAGUAUUAAAUCCAUAAUGGACCAGUUGCUCCUCAAUUCUCAUCACCCCGGGCCAUCUGUUUUCUGCAGCCAUUCAUACACAAGACAUUCUAGCGUGAUUGCAUGCUUGAAUUCUUGAUCAUUACUUCCAUUGAUUGAAGAGAUGAAUUUUUCAGGCAAAAACAGAUUGUUACUAAAAAUCGAUUAGAACAGAGAAAUUAGUUGAAAAAAAAGGAACAAUGAAUACUUUUACAUAGGACCUGAUUCACCGUACAUAUCAUGUU